AUAAAUUUUCAUUUCCCACCGCAUUGCGUGGGUUCACAUAAAAACAAGGGAAGUUGCCCAAAAUAGCCAAGUGACUCACUCCUAUUAACUUUUUAGCCCACUUUUUUGAAUUGGACCAAAAUAAUCAAAGAUUUCACAAGUGUCCUUUUAGCAACUUGCAAAAUUUAUUUUUUCCGAAUUAAAUAUGAUUAUGAUGGGGUCGACUUGCAAAAUGUUCUUGGUGGCUUGCAAAAGGUCCUCCAAAAAACCAUAUUUUAAUAUAAAAAAUACAUCUCGCAAGUUGCGGAAAGAACACUUACAAAAUGUUGACUAUAUUUGGUACAAUUGAAAAAAAGUAGACCAAAAAUGAAGCCAUUAUAUAGUCCCUUUCCCUCUCCGACUCCACCUUCCAAGACCUGCAAAACUCUGCCUAUAUCUCUACUGCCAGACUGCAACUUCAUCUUGUAAGUGAAUUUUACAUUUCCGGUUUCAGUAUGUAAAUUUAUUCAUAGUGUUCAAUUCUUCAUAUCUUCUUGGUUGCGAUCAAAUUCGAUGUUACUUUUUUUGUUUGAUUCAGGGAAAUUAGGGUUUUGUUUGCAAUCGUAUGAUAAGCGACCUGUGCGCCGAGCUUACAGCGAUUUAAGAUUUUGAAUCUCUCUAUUUUCUCCUAAAAUGAACAAUCCUCGCCCCCUCCCCCAGUUACCAUUUUCAUCUCUUGAUUCUUAUGUAUAUAGUAAGCGUGAUCCUUUAGAACCUAUGCUCUUGAUGCCAUCUUUUAUAUAAGUAUCUUUGUAUUAAAUAAUUGGGCCAUGGAACUUGCAUUUGAUUUGAUUUGGUUAUACAAGUUUGUGAUAGUUUGCUUUAGAGUUUUGAUUCUUCUUCACAAUAAAAUAGAAAUAGAAAUAGAAAUAAAAAUGGUAUGUUGUUAUUUUUGUAACAAAACUCUUUCUUCUUACAUGUAGAAAAUGUGGCAUUGAUAUCUAAAAACUAAAAUCAUAAUGAUGGAUUAUGACAUAUGCACGAUCAAUUAUGAGAUGAAAUAGAAGAAGCAUUAUUGGAAGCAUGCUUAAGAAUUAGCAAUGAAAAACCUGGGAGUUGGAAGGUCUUUGCUCUGGCUAUUUGAACAAACGGUGUACAGAAUUGUGUUUUUGGGGGACAGUUAUAGAGCUCUGAUUGUGGCAUCAAUGGAAGUCGAAUUUUUAUAAGAUGAAGUGUGCUUUUUUUGUGCCUCAACAAUUUUGGUCCGGCUAGUUUACCGAAACAACUAAAUUUUAUAUUUUGCAUCAAUAAAAUUAGGUUAUUGGAGAUUUACCAAUUAUAUACGAGAACACAAAAAGGUCAAAUAUUCUUUUUUUGCUUGAUGUGGAUAUGGAAGUUUCUGUUGAAGUCCCAACUGUUACAAUCCUUUAGGGGUACAGUUUGUAACGUCAUUUGGAGCUAAGAUUAUAGUCCCUAUACAUGGCAAUGGAUUGUGGUUUUGAGGAUAUGUUGUUUGUGUAUGCAUUUCUUGUGAUCAACUUUGACUGUCUAGGUACUUGAUUUCAAUUGACUGAAUAUUUGUUGAUUUUACACAUUUUGUCUUUUUUAUACAAAAAUAUAAUCAAUAGUAGUAAGGGUAAAAAUGAGUGUUUCCUGAAUUUUGAUGCCCGAAGAUAACAAACCAAACAUCAGUUUUGGGAAUGAUACCCAAACCCAAUGCAUCAACCAUACAACCGUUUUCACGUAAUCAUACCCAUUCCCGUUCGAGUUUCCUUGAGCCAUAUAUAUAUAUAUUCUCAAAAUCAUUGUACCACCAAAGAAAUCUUGGUUGAAGAUACUCAAUAGUUAUAUGAGAGUGUGCACAUAAUUACUUUUACCGAGUUAAACUUUGACCCUAUGAACUUUCUUAUUGCUUGUUCAAUAGAGCAAGAAUUACCGAACCUAGACUUGCUUUCCCAGACGGGGGGAUGUUUGAUAUAGAGGAAUGGAAUGAGAGAAUCAAUUCCUUGUUUGUUUGAUUUUAAGGAUGGAAUGAGGGAAUAAAAAAGCAUUCUCUUUCCAACUUCAUCGAGGGUAAUAGGCCUAUCUAAAUUGUAUUGGGAAUGAAAAAUUAUUCACUAUAAUUUUUCUUCCCAUUCUCCAACAUUUCCAUUACUAUUCCUAUUUUUGGGUAUCACCCAAUCACCCUCUCUUCUUCCUGAUAUGAAGAAUUAGUUGAUUCCAAGUAGAAUGAGUUGAUUCUACGUAGAAUUAGCCAAUUAGAAGACUUACUAAACAAAAACUAGGGUAUAAAUACUCUUACAUGUGCAUUGCACAUUCUACAAAAGAUUGAAGAAAUCUGCUGAAAUCGUAGUCAAUUUUUCUCUCCAUGGCGAUUGAAAAGCGUAGCAGACUUGGGGUAUGCCCCUCGUAGUUGUAAUGCUUUCGUUUUUUGAAUAAAUUUUUCCGGGGUUCCGUCCCCUUUACCAAAAAAAACGCGUAGCAGACUAGAUUACCGUCUUUGCUGCUGUUUUCUCUCAACAUUCCUACUAAUCCGUUGCUCUUCUUUCUUGGGUCCACAAGGUGCAUUAUUGACUUUGCAAGUGCAAUAGAUGAAUUCAUGAUAAAGCAUUUGUAUGCGGCUGGUGGACCUUCUAGGUGCAUUUGGUAUUGUGGCGUGUGACUGGACAUGACCGGAUGGACGACAGUAAGAGCUUGGGUUCACCAGCUUCAUGGAAAUGCUCGAAGGAAUUCUUUUCAAGUCAAAUAAAGAGCAAAAGUUUUCUUAAGAAUAGGGGUUUUUCAUUAGUCUUGACUUCUAGUUGUAUCGACUUCAUCGUUACCUUCACCAUCGAUGGAAAAUCAGUGCUAUGAUGUUGUCACCGAUGCUGCAAAUUUAUCCAAAAACAGAGAUGUUACUUCUGAACAUGUGGAUGAUGAGGAGGAUGAGGAAGGAGAUGUGGAUUUCAACCCUUUUCUGAAAGCAGCUCCUUCUCUAGAAGCUUCUUCAAGCCUUAGUUCUGAAAUCGAAGAGUUUGAUGCCGAUAUAGUGGACAGUGGAGAAAGUCACCCACCUGUCGAUAAUACGGCAAAUGCCCCCGAGGAAGUGCAAGAUGAUAAUGUCGGAAAUAUUGAAAAUGGUUGGGAGAUAACAAUUCAAGAAGCUUGUAGGGACUCUGAUAAUACAAAUUUAUGUAAUAAAGAGACUGAAUCUAACACUGUCACAAAUACAGUUACUAAUGUUUCCGUUGAAGAGUGUCAUGAAGCAUCACAUUCCCAAAAGCCCGUUGAUGAUAUUGAUGACGAGGAUGCCAUCUGGAGGCGCACCAGAGCUCGUUAUUCUCUUGUGAGUUCCACUCUCGAUGAACUCGAGACUUUCCUUCAAGAAACAGAUGAUGAGGAUGACCUUCCUAACAUUGAUGAUGAAGAAGAAUACAGGAAGUUUCUUGCAGCUGUUCUACAGGGUGGAGAUGGAAGCUCAGGUGCAGCUCAAGAAAACGAUAAUGUUGAUGAAGAAGAUGAAGAUAAUGAUGCUGACUUUGAGUUAGAAAUUGAAGAGGCACUUGGGAGUGAUGAUGAAAUUUUACAGACUGUGUCUCAAGAACAGGAGCAUGCACGAGUUGGUAGGCGACCCGAGACAAGACAGAAAAAACGUCAGAAAAUUGAUCUUCAACCGAAAAAGUUUUCCGCACAAACGAACAGGCCAUUACGCCCCAUUUUACCUUAUGCACCAAUUACUUUUUCAUCAGACCCUAAUGCGAGAGGUUAUAUGAUUCAGAGUACUUCUGGCUAUGUGUCUUCAUCUGCAACGAACGACUACAUCACUGCAUUCACUCCACAGCAGAUCGGCCAGUUGCAUUGUUUGAUAUACGAACACGUGCAGCUUCUCGUUCAGGUCUUUUCUCUCUCCGUUCUUGAGCCUUCUCGACAACAUAUCGCCACCCAAGUUCAGAGGUUGCUUUCAGAGAUGCUUCACAAGCAUGAUCAUGUACUUGCCUCUCAAAGACCACCAUAUCCCAGUUUUUGUUUUAACCUGCCAUACAUCCGUUCUGCUGUAACAAGUGAGUUGCAGAAAAGUUCCCAACCACAGAACACCUCCAAAUCUUCCACCAUUGAUGCAGAAAGAGUCUUUUCUUCAGUCCCACAUUGUGAUCCCAGUUCCUAUCAAAGUGUUUGUAACGGGUCAACUGGUCAUGGUCAACCUACGGAGGGUUUUUUCUGGGUGCCUUUCGUCAGUGAUACCGUGCUUUCUGUUAUAGAUGUAGCCCCGCUUAAUUUAGUUCGAAGCUAUAUGGACGAUAUUUCUAUUGCUGUUCAAGAGCAUCAACAGAGACAGCUAGAAGUUUCGUACGAUGCUACUGCCGACAAAGAAUGCUUGUUUCCUUUCAAAAAUUUUCAUUCUUCAGCUGAACCUACUGGCGUCUCCUCUGAUCCUACUCUGGUGCCUUCUAAAGCUAGUGAUCAGAAAUCAAAAAAGACAAUUGCUGCUGCACUCGUUGAAAGGUCUAAGAAGCAAUCAAUUGCUCUAGUUCCAAAAGAAAUCGCAAAUUUAGCCCGGAGAUUCUUUCCACUCUUCAAUCCAGCCCUGUUUCCACAUAAGCCACCCCCUGUAUCUGUUGCAAAUCGAGUGCUUUUCACUGAUUCUGAGGAUGGGUUAUUAGCUCUGGGGUUAAUGAAGUAUAAUACCAACUGGAAGGAGAUUCAGAAAAACUACCUACCCUGCAAAUCUGCACAUCAGAUCUUUGUGAGACAGAAAAACCGUUCAUGUUCUAGAGCACCGGAGAAUCCAAUAAAGGCAGUUCGGAGGAUGAAAACAUCUCCUUUGACUCCUCAAGAGAAAGCUCGAAUAGAGGAGGGAUUAAAGAUUUACAAACUCGAUUGGAUGGCUGUAUGGAAGUACAUGGUCCCACACAGAGACCCGUUAUUGCUCGCUCGUCAAUGGCGCACGGCUGUCGGAAACCAGAAGUCAUAUAAAGGAGACGAACUUACUAAGGCAAAACGGCGAUUAUAUGAAUCAAAAAGAAGAAAGUCAAAACUUGAAGGUUCAAGAUUACAAACAACCGGUGCUGGUCAAAAUAGGGAAGGUUGGUCAACCGAGGACGACGUGAGAUGUAAAACCUUGUCUGAUAAAGAGUUGCAGAAUUUCAGUACGGAUAACGCUGGUGGUGACAAUAACAGUGGAGAUGAUGGUGGAAAUAACGAAGAUGAAGCUUACGUCCACGAGGCGUUUUUGGCCGAUUGGAGGCCGGGUCUGUCUUCAGAGUUUCCCGUCUCAAAUUUGAGAGAAAACGACCCCAGGCCAGGAAAUUUUCAUACCCAGCAUCCAAACUUUUCAUCUCAUCCAGUUCCUGCUAAAACCUUUAGGUCUUCUGAACCAGAAGUUCAUAUACGACCUUAUCGAGCUCCUAGAUCUGAUUGUUCUCGACUAGUGAAAUUAGCUCCCGACUUGCCUCCUGUAAAUCUACCACCCACUGUUCGUAUAAUGUCGCAGUCGGCUUUUACAAAAUAUCGAGAUGAAGCAUGUAGUAAAGUGAGAGAAAAUGUUGUUUCUGCAAUCCCGUUAAGUCAUCCAAGAAUCAGUCAACUAGAUGAGCGGAAUCCAGUAAGAUGUAGUACUAGUGGUCCAGUCGAAAAGGGCGAUUCAGAUCUCCAAAUGCAUCCUCUAUUGUUUCAGGAUCCCGAAGAUGGGAGUUUACCAUAUUACCCUUUGAACGGAAGUGCUGGUUCUUCUAGUUCCUUUGAUUUUUUUCCGAAUAACCCCCCACAGUUAAAUCUUAACCUCUUCCGUUAUUCUCACCAAGCAAAAAACACCUUAAAUUUCUUCAACAACCCACUGAAAUCUAAGGAGUUAAGUUCGUCGGUAUCUGGUGUCGACUUCCAUCCACUUCUGCAAAGAACCGAUGACGGAAAUGGCCACUCGGGUGGUGCACCUUUAGUUCCCCAGCUACCCGCAGCUUCACUGAUAGCUCAUCAAAAGUCUGGUUCAACGGCUAUCAAUGCCAUACCUCCUAGCCCUAAUGAACUCGACUUGGAUAUCGGCUUAAGUUCUACUGCCCGGAAAGAUAAACGUAGAAGCGGUCGUGAAUCUGGAACCACAGAUCCGCAGCCUAGCGGUUUGCAGAAUCAUGAAGUGGGUUUACUGGAUGAAAUUGUAAACGAUCCUGAUUCAGGUUCACGUUCGGUCGGUAUUAGAAACGAUGAAAUCGUGAUGGAACAGGAGGAGCUAAGUGACUCGGAGGAUGAGGAAAUUGCAGAAACUGUGGAGUUCGAGUGCGAGGAGAUGACGGAUACGGAAGGAGAAGGCGGUUCUGAUUCUGAUCACAUUGAAGACGUUCAAAAUGAGGACUUGCAAGAUUUAGAUGACAGUGAUCAAGAUGAACCAAGAUGUCAAGAAACAUCGAAACCCGACAGAAAAGAAGCACAAAGUUCGUUAGGAUUGAGUUUAAACCCCAAACUUCCGGUGACGAGAAGUUCUCACACCAACAGAUCUUCGAAGAAACCCGGAAACCGGACACGGCAUCAAGAUCCCAGGUGAGUAUAAAAUACUAACAUUACAAAUGUAAAGAUCUAUGAUUGAAAGCUUGUAAAUAUGGAUAGAAAUGUCCAAAAAUCAAAUGGGUAGUUCCUAGUUUGUAAC